AUGGAGAAGCAUGGAGUCAGGUUAAGCACCCUCAGGGACUGCUUUGAGUUCCUGCAGUGGUUGCAUAGCGGGGGAGGAAAAAAGAUGCAAGACAAGGUGGCCAGAGAACUGGUGACGCGUUAUGGAAAUUCUUAUAAUCGUAUUUUGUUUACGGGCCAACUGCCACAUGCUGUCUCCGAAUUCCUCUGGAACGUGUCCACGUUCUAUACGAGAUUAUGCAAAGUUCCAGCUGCCGGACAAUAUGGCACAAUAAACGCAGAACAAAUCGUCCACGCCCUUCUAGAGUGUAUGCCCAAGUUCCUCGCCGCUUUGUAUUUUUUGCUCUACAAUGUGGAUAGAUGGUUCGAAGCAGUGGGAGGAGGGAAGUGGAGGUAUAAUUAUCCUGGGUGGGAGACUACUUGGGUGAGAUAUCUGUGGGAUAGAGAGUGGGGUGGUGAACUGCAGAAUUAUCUCAGGGCGUCCGGAUCUUAUCAGUUCGACGUUAUUCCAGGUGGAUUCGGCCCCGGAGAGGUGACGUAUGGUUAUGACUAUGGUUCUCGCUAUGGUUACUGGUACGGUGAGAGCAUGGUAGAUGACCUACAGAAGAUUUUGUACAAACAUAAUGAUAAGUACAAUUAUUUCCGGGACGUAUUUUUUACAACAGUCAUUUCUAAAUCCGGCUUACAGAAAUCGAACACUGCGAACGUUCUUGCAUUGGUGAAAACGUUUUGCCAAAUCGUAAUUGCGGAAAAGAACCCUGAUGGUGGAAGCUUGAAAGCAGCUUUGGAAAAGGAGCUUAAAAGUAGCAAAAAAUGCAUAGAUUGGGAAGAAUUAAAACAGCAUUGCAAAACUCUUGAGCAGCAACUUGGCAAGUUGUUCAAUAUCGAAGGCUUUUCCUUCACCGGCCAGGCGCGGCGUGUUGAUGAGCUUAACACUGAUACAUUUGCGGGGGAGACAGCGGAAUGGUUUAGAAAUAAUUUGCACGAAGUUCAACAUAAUGUGAAACAAAUAGAUACAAAAUUCCCAGUCGACAACACUCGACAUUUGAAUUAUCUUCAGCAAUUUGCAACCAAAAACAUAUUCCCCUACGGUUUUAUAUUUGGUAAAGACAGAUAUGGAACGCUGGGAGACGCGUGGAAGACGUUGUCAGAUCAUUGGCCCGGUGUCAUAGAUAUGCUUGGCAAAAAUGGUGGCGGCUUAGCGGAGUUAAAAAGAAUUCUGGAUGGUGGACGGUGCCGUCCGCCGGCUCCCCCUCCCAAACCCCGACCUAGGCCGGCGCCUGCGCCCAGGCCCCCGAGGCCUGCCAGACCUGCGCCUACACAAGGGGCUUCCAGAACUUCGGCUGGAAUGACAACCGGUGCAAGGCAUCUUGGGGGUUCGUUGUCUCGUGGGAGUCAGGGUUCUGGUGCUAGAGGAGUGGGAGGGCAUAACCGUAGAAGCAUGAUCCAAGUUAGAGGAGGGGGGCAAAACAGUGGAAAGGCACGGGGGACCACAAGAAAUGGAAGACACCACUCAGGGCCUCGAGGUGCUUCAGGAGCCAGGGGCGCACAGAGAAGCAGUGUUCCAGGGCAUACGGGAUCUACUAAGCCCCAACCCUUACAAUCUCAAAAUGAUUCCCAGCGUCAUUCCCAACAACCUCCACUUGUUGCCUCCAGUGCUCCUGGAGACCCUGCCAUCCCUAUUCAGCCAGGGGGCCCGGGUCCAAUUUCAACAGACAGUGUUACUCCAGGUACACGGACUACUUCAUCUCCACAAGAUGUUCUUACUCAGACUCCGAGUGUCUCAGGUUCAAACACUGGGUCAGAUGGUGUCCAGGGGACUGGCCAACAUGGUGGUGGAGGAGCCGGGCCACCAGGUGGUGGGCACAGUGUUGGUCAAACACAGACUCCGUCUAAUAAUGUUAAAAAGUGUGAUGGUGUAUCCAUGUCUAUGAAUGGAAAGUCAGUGUGUUAUAGGCAGCCUACGAUUCCUAAGCCAACUAGGCCAUCCACCCUUUACCUUCCGUCCGAUGUUGAGGAGAAGAUUAAAAAAGCGGAUGUAGCGUAUCGCAAAAAGGAAGAAGAGGAACAGCGCAAAAUGAAAGAGGAGAGGGAUAGGAGGCGUCAGCAGAUGUAUGAUCAAUAUGAGAGUGAAUUGCGUCAAAUACAGCAGGCGCAAUUGUUGUCCGUUGAGGGCUUUAAUGUUAGCGAUGCGAUGGAUGGGAACGCUUUGCCGGACGUCUCCGCCCUUGUAGCGCAGAAACAAAAGGAGGCGGAGGAGAGAUCUAUAAGGCGUAAUAUUCAAUUUCUGCAAACAAUUCAAGAUGAUAUUAACAAUAAUCCUAAUAGUAAUGAUGCCGAUUCGGUGUUCAUGUCAGGCACUCCAAUCUCAGAGCCUGCCGCCCUGGUAGGGAGACCCGUGAAACAGACUCCAAACCACGGCCAGGCGGAAACAGAUGCUCACAAACAGCUACAGCCGAAUUCAAGUAUAGUCGUGGGUGAUAAGGUUUUGCCAACCCGCAAGCGUGCCAAGCCCCUUCUGCCAGUCCCCCCUGUUGGUGUCCCGAUGGGCCACCCAAUAGAGCCGACGAAACCCGCUCAGCCUCUUCCAAAGCCGCAACCCAAGAAAAUACGUCCAACAUUUCAUGAUACACCGAAAAAUAUUGUUUUACCUAAAUACAAGCAUCCUCUGAAGAGUCAUCCCGUCACUACCCGAUCCAUUCCAACAGCGCACAUUGACGACAAUUACCUUUCCAAAAUGUUGGAAGUUGCUGGUGACGAAGUAACAAGCUCACCCAUAAGCAUCCCAGCUGCGGAGGUACCAGAAGACCCUAGGCUAAAAAGGUUUCCAACUGUUCCGCUCGAAGGGGAGCCUAUUGCAGACCGCAAUGCACAAUCUGUCUCUAUGCCCCCAGUGGAGUUAGAACCCGCACCGCCGCCUCUACCCAUUGAAUUAGACAUUAAAAAAACAUACUAUCCCGAACUACUUUACCAGAAUGAUGAGCGGAGAAGUGUGCCCCUACCAUCGGUUGCGCUUCCUCCAGCCAUGCCGGAUGAUAUGUAUCUUGGUGUCCCACCUGAUGGACCACACUUGCCAACUAUCCAGGACAUUGCAGUUUUUGCUGAUCCCUAUCAAUGCCGCAACCCCUGGUACGUUUCCGAUUCCUCCUCCACUACCGUCACUCCACCCCCCUCCCCGCCCCCAAACUCCGACCACCUGCCCGUGCCCAACACAGUCAGGGAAAUGCUCCACUGGAUGGUUGGAUUGAAUCAAUAUGGGUAUGUUGCGAUUAUUAAAAAGCAUAUUGAAGACCUUUUGAGGGAGCUUAACGAGGAUGCCUCACAGCUCUCAGAUGCCCUCGAGGUCACUGGGGAUCCCACUCAGCUGACCGCUUCCCAUAUCUCCAACACUCUGACACAGGCGUGUCUCUACUCUGCCAGCGUUCUCCACAGGAUUAGGUAUAAAGACAUUUCGACAGCUGUUUCAACCCUUGACUUCAGCUCAGAAUAUUCCAAGCUUUAUUAUGCCUCGGACCCCGCCUGCCUCCUCUGCCAGCUGCGGGACUACGUCUACGCCUGCUAUCACCAGCUGGCGUUCCUGAGGUCACAGUGUUCUCGAGGGGAAUCUGAUGGUGGCUGGCAGGAUUAUAAGCGGACGCCGCGCACCGCCGGGGAGCUUGCCUCGUUCUUCCACAAUUUCGGGAAUGAGCUUCAUGAUGUGUCUCUCAAGUUGUCUCCACUGGGCUCCGCCCUCUCCGAGCCACAUCGACACUGCCCCGACUGGGACCACCUUGCUGCCGACGACCUCAAUGCCAUCCAGUACAUCCGGGGCCCCGCCCCUCCCACCUCCAACCACGACAAGGACCAUCCCAAGACCCUGUCCGCAAUAAUUGGCUGCGGCAUCGAUAAUGUCGACUGCCCACAACUCAUGAAGACCAUCACCUACCGGGCCUACGCCCUGUACUCUCCGACCUUCGCCCAUACCUACCUCAGCUGGACUGUCUAUCUGCCCGACAGACUGUGGGAGUCACUGACCAAGCUGCACUGUGAUCUCGAGGAACUUCAAUGUCACGCCGCCAAGCCCAAGCCCCUCCACCAGUGUGACAAGGCGCUGCCCCUCCUCUACACUCACGGCCUCACCCCGCCGGACGGGACACUGCAGCCUUCACUCACGUGUUCACAGUUCAUCGCCAAGUUGGAGGCAGUGGUCGCCGGACAGCCUAUCGCAAGCCUCAUGACCGCCAUGGACCUUUUCCUUUACGGCAUCCGGGAGCCCUUCCUCUUCACCAUCGUCGCACUCUGGCUCACCGCCACGCUCUACAUCCUCCACUCACUCCUCUACCGCAUCGACGUCCUACGCAUCCGCUCGCACCUCCUCACCACCAGGGCCUCCCACCUCAUCGACGUCAAGGCGCUGCUCGCCGGCAGCCGCAGGAUGCUAUCACUCUACAAGGACGUCGAUUACUUCGACGACGACUUUCACUCAUCAUAG